GUAAUGAAGAGGUUUUGACAAAUGUUAUAUUUCUAUAUUUUGUUAUCACCAAGUUUGCUUCAUCUCAUUUAAUUUUGUUUUAGUUUGGCCACGGUCCAUUUAAUUUUAGCACAGCAGCCUGGUGAUCAUGAUGAAAAAGUGACCAUAAAAAAGGAAAGCUAAACAAGAAAGUGGUUCCUUAUUAAAGUCCUUAUUUGACUUAAUUUAAUUGUAUUUUUAACCGUCAGUGAUUUGUACAGAGCACAUGAUUGAGGGCAGUAGUUGCAGUACCUCAGAUAGUCGUGCAGGUGCAUGGGGGCAGUGUUGCACCACUGAAUGCACUUUUCCUCUUACUCCUCCUCCUCCAAAGUUCCUGGUGGGACAACGCACCAACUUUUUUUCCUUCUUCUCCAGAACACAAAGUGCUUGUGGUGCUGCUGCGGUGAGGCUUGUGGACCUGCUGCUGCUCACCAUCAUGGCGCCCUUUGGGAGGAACUUCCUGAAAGCUCGUCUGAAAAGCAGGACCAAAGACUGCGAGGUCGUGACGGGGAAGGAGAUUCAGGUGACGGUCUGCAAGGAAGAGAAGGUCGUCUGUGGGGUGACCAAACACACCACCUGUGCUGACGUCAUUCAGGCAUUACUAGACGAUCACAGAUCCAUCGCAGAGAGCAAGCGGCUCCUGCAUGGAGAGUCCAAAGACUUUUGUCUGCUGGAGCGCUGGAAGGGUUUCGAAAGAGCCUUGCCGCCACUCACCAGGAUUCUGAGGCUGUGGAACGCUUGGGGCGACCAGAGACCCUUCAUCCAAUUUGUUCUGGUCAAAACCAGCGACUUCGUGCCCACGCGGGCCAUGAAGGGUCCAAAGAGCAGAAGCAGCAGCAAGGCUGUGAGAAGCGUGAAGAACCUUCAGAUGCUGCCUGUGGACAAGCAGAAGCGUGUGGUGAAGAAAGUCUUCAGGAAGCUGGAGAAGAUUCACAAGGACGGCAAAGUGGAGAUCCAGGACAUGGUGCAGAUCAUUCUGGACCAGGACCACACCAUCCAGGAGCAGAUCCAGCGAAUGAGGGAUCUGGAUUUCCAGACAACGCAGCUUCAGGUGCAGAAAGAAGGAGAAGAGUUUUUUGAGGACUGUGGAUCCACUUUAAACCCAGAGCAGCUUGAUGAGCUCCUGCACGCCAGUGAAGACGUCCACCAGCUGGAGCUUCAGCUUCAGAGGCACCAGGCCGUCAUCACGCAACUGAGUCACGACAUCGAUGCAGAGCUGAGGAUGGCAGGCGAGCGGGAAGAAGCGAAGGCUUCUUCCUGGACCUACCGUGAGACCGACCAGUCUCUGCUGGCCGAUCUGGAGAGGAUGCAGGCGGAGCUGAGACGCAGCGUCUUGGCGGGCUUGGCCCUUUGUGGGCAAGCGGCGGAAGUGGAUAAGCAGCUUCAUCGGUCCGAGACCUCUCUGCUCUCCAGAGAUCAGGAGUGCCGGCAGCUGGCCACUCAGCUCGGCUCGCUGCAAAUGGGCGAAGCCGCAGAGGAGGCGCCUGUUGCUGUGAAAAUGGGGACUCGGGCGGCAACGGUCAAGCAGGGCUCGUCCCUCGCCGACGUGACGGACACGGACUCUGACACUGGCAUUAGUUCCACACACAGUCAGGACUCGCUGUCACCCGGCCAAAACUUUCAUCCUCCACUGGACACGGACGUCUGACAAAAGGACUUAACAGCGUUUUCGACUCCAUGCAAAACAAACAUUGAAGGGGUCAUAUUGUGCAAAACCAACUUUUCUUACCUGUUGGUUCCUGUUUUUGUGUAUUUGGAAUCCGCAUUAAAUCCUGAACAUUUUAAAUCAAACCAUGGAUAUUCGUCGGAUAUUUUAUCCGGUUGUAGUCUGACAUUGUAGUCCAUAAGCUCCUACUUGUUCCUCAAUCCUCUUGAGGGGCAGACUGGCUCGUACAUCAAUCAGAGGUUAUUUUUAUAGCCCUUGAUCACGAGUGAUUAAGGGCUUAAUCAAGACUACUCCGAUGAGAGGCGAAACGUCUUCUAAGACAAACCAAACAGUCCAGUUGAGAUUACAAAGACCUGGAUGAAUGAGAACAUUCAUAGAUAAAAUGAAACCUUAAAUGCUUCUACUGAGGUAGCAUCUUCAACUGUUACCGCUAGAACAUUCCAGAGUACUAGAGCCCGAAUAGAAAACGCUCUAUAGCCCGCAGACUUUUUUGGGGCUCUGGGAAUCACUAAUAAGCCGCAGUUAUUAGAACGCAGAUUUCUGUCCAGGACAUUUUGUACGAUACAAUCAGCAAAGAUAGGAUGGGGCUAGACUCCGCUGUUGCCAUUUCUAAUACAAAGUAGCGUAUAGUUCUAACUUAUAUCUGUCAGUAGACUCCAUAUGUAAGUACUAAAAUCUACAACAUGGCUGACGGGGUGGAGACGCAGUGAGUGGGUGUGGCCUGGAGGAGGACUUUGGCGCGUAAAUAAGACGGCCCACAAAUGCUUGAAGAUGAUCUACGCAACAUUUGGACCAAAGAACCACCAUUACAUCGUAUGUGGACCACAAGGAAGUGUCUUAAAUGUAGAAAAAAAUAUAACAUGACCCCUUUAAAGAACAUUGAGUCAGAAGAAGAACAGUCACCAAUUAAUCAUUAGGUUUGAACUAUUUUUUAUCCUUGAAAUAUGCAAUAUUAGCACUCGAAAUCACAAUCUUGGUUACUUUACUUAUUGAGUGUUUUAUAUUAAAACUCACUAUUUAUAUGUUUGUAAAUAUACAACAAAUAUAUCGUUAUAGAUGACCUCCAGAUGGAUGGCACUAGGGUUUUAACGAUAAACGGUAUAAUGUUAAACAGUUAAUAUUACCGUUUUAAAUCAAAAUGAUCGUAAAACCAUAUUUGAUAAAACUUUUAUAUAAACUCUGCUCAUUUCCUGGAGAAGCAAGCUAGCGCUAGCUAUCUUAAAUACUGACACGAAAACAAGAGAUGUUAACGUCUUUCUCCAUUAAAAAAAACUACAUACCCGCAUAUAAACGUGUAAAAAACAUUAAUGUCUGAGUAACUACGUUUUGAAUUGUGUACAUUAAACCUACAACCUUUGCUCUUAGACAGAGACAGAGACAGAGCCUCAAAACGGCUUUAAAAAAAAAGGAUUAUUCUUUAAAAGAAAGUAGUAACAAUAAUUACCUAUAUAUAUAUAUAAAAAAAAUCAAAAAAAUUAUCGAUUUUUUAAAAUUAUGAUUGAGACUUUUAUUAGUAGAUUGCACAGUUCAGUACAUAUUCCGUACAAUUGACCACUAAAUGGUAACACCCGAAUAAGUUUUUCAACUUGUUUAAGUCGGGGUCCACGUUAAUCAAUUCAUGGAGUUGGGAUAAAAAUUAAUUGCGAUUCGAAUGUGAAUCAAGUUUGCUUGUACACCCCUAGAGGAAGAUAAACUAAUUCAAACACUCAAAUGAAAAUAAAAUGGUUCUUAAGUAGACAAUAUUAUUAUGUGAAAUAUUUCUUCUGCCAAGAAAGUAUUUUGUGUGGCUAUUAAUUUAUUGUAUUUAUUUAUUUUUGUAAAACUUAAAGUCAAGUGUGUAACAUCCCUCCAUGUUUAUAUUACAUGCCAUUUAUAUUUUGCAUUUUUUACUACUUUUGUAAAAAAAAAACAAAAAAAAACUAUGUAUUUUUAUGGGCCUGCUGGCGUAUGCAAAUCAAUGCGGCCCAUUUUAUUAUUCCUCAUACUUAUUCUUCAUGUAUUAUUAUGGGCCUGCUUGUGAAUCAAAAGCUGAAGUUAGACGCAGUAUCUUGACAAAAAGUUAAGAUAUAGAUCCUAUUGGCCCUCCAUAAAUAAUAAUAAAAUUCAUACAUUGAUGGUAAGAUAUAUUUGUAACCACGGCCGCCCUGGAAGACACUGACACUGGCUGCAAUUUUUCACCAAUGGCCUUUCUGACCACCACCCAACAUUCAUUCACAUUCACACAUCAAGAAGUCUUGCCCAAGGACACAACAGCAGUCACUGGGACUAGG